UUUCGAAAUGUCUCUAUUUGUUCGGGAUUGGAAACAAGGCAGUACUUGCAAGGGCAACAGCAAUUCCGUCAGCGAGAGCGUUCCUACUGGAGGUCGCAGAGUGUGUCUUAUUUGCGGACAGGAAAAGUAAGAUGGCGAAACGCACGCGAACGGCAACCUGUUAGAUAAUUGCUGGCGGAGAACACACGUGGGCGCAAAAACUGCCGGCAGUGUGUUGUCCGUCGUCUGGCGGAGAACUCGUCCGCUGCCUCCGUUGGAGCAACUCUUGAGGUCCCGAACAGCCCGGCGCCAGAGCAACCGUCAUGUCUGCACAUGCUGCUGCCACAGUUCCUGUAUGGCUGAAUGAUGACUUCAUCAAGCAGUCACUGAAGAAUGUCAGCAACUUUGAAGACUGCUCUAUUGUCUCAGCGAGUGUCAAGGGUGCCACAGUUGGAAAGGAGAAUUACUUGAGCGAUACUUUCCGAAUGACCGUGACACUUAAACACCGAAUUCAGUGUUACACAAUGACUCUAUCGUUCUUCAUUAAAUGUCUUCCAGAUGGAAAAACAGUCCGUGAAGUUGCUCAGAACAUGGGUGCUUUCGAAAGAGAAAUUUCAGUUUUCACCAAGACACUUCCAGUGAUGACCCAGUUAUUGCAAAGUGCUGACCCUAAGAAAUAUUCUCAGCUAGCAGCAGUAUGUUUUCGUGCUGGUAGUGAGCCAGUAGACUAUUUGAUGCUGGAAGACUUGAGAGAUAGUGGGUAUGUCAUGGCUAAAAGAAGCCAGGGGCUAGACUUGGCACACUCUAGAGCCGUUGUCAGAAAAUUAGCCGAGCUCCAUGCAGCAUCCAUAGGUCUCUUCAUGAAGGAUCACACAUGUAUGGAUAAUUACAAGACUUUUGCUAUAUUCAAUGGUGAUGCAGCACCACAGAUGAAAAAUUUCUUUAAAAAUGGGUGUCUCUUGUUAGCUAGGGAGCUCGAGAGAGCAGGUGGCCACUACUCCAAAUAUGCUUCCAAACUUCGAGCUAUUUCCGAAACAGCAUUUGCAAAUAUUUCCGAGCUCACAAAGUGGAAAAAAAGAAGGUUCCAAGCAUUAAUUCAUGCAGACUGUUGGACUAACAAUAUGAUGUUCAAAUACUCGGGUGGCUCUGUUAACGAUGUUAUUCUUAUUGAUUUCCAGAUGGCACAUUUCUCAUCACCGUCACUAGAUCUACAAUAUUUCCUACAUACUAGUCUCAAGGAAGAAGUCUAUGUUUCCCAUGUAGAGGAUCUCUUGGAGGAAUACUACUUCCACUUGAUUGAAACCUUGGAUGAUAUUGGUGUCACACAAGAAAAUCAUCUAUCCUACGAUGAUUUUCGGCAAGACUACGAAGAUCAUUCGUGGUUCUCUUUGUAUGGAGCUAUUGCAAUACAGCCUCUUGUGCGCUCUGAUGAAAGAAAGGGCUUUGACAUCGAGGCAGCAAUUAAUGGAUGUGAUACUGCAGUAAACAGUGAGGCUUAUGCUAAUAAUUCAUUCUUGAGAUGUAUUAGAGAAAUGUUACCUGUGUUUGAAAGAAAGGGAUUGCUGUAGACUGUAGACUGCUUAAGAUCCUGACUUCCAGUAAUGUAAACCCAUCUGUAACCAAUACCGUGGGAAAAUAUUAAAUGAAUCAUCAAUAAUGAAUCAUGUUGCCAAGAAAACCCAGUUUCUCAUAACACUUCUCAAUCAAAAAUAGAUAUUAUAGCAAGGAGACACAAGGAGAUGCUUUUUAUAUAUUUUUCAUGAGAGACAUGUUCUGCCUUCUCUUUACAAACUAAGCAAUCAUUCAUCACCAAAAGGAAAGAAAAGUAAGAAACAGCUUUGACACUGUUGCAGGUGGUGUGACAUAUCAUUAUACCUAUUUUAUUUUCAUGCAGACUGAAGCACAUUUUGUGUGGUUCUGAAUGCUGUUAAUCCACGGUGAAUAUUGUAGUAGAACUUUUGAAAUGGCCUUCCAUUAGAGACUGACGACAAAAUUAAAUACUUAGGCUACAACGUUAUUCAUAAUUCACACCCAAACCAACUGUUUCUAAAUAAAAAAAGUGACCUCAGACAUUUACAAUUCAAUUCAUUUCUUGUAUCAGAAACAGAAGGAUAUGUAAUCAUUGUGACUAAUGUUCUUACCAGUGCAUAUAAUUUUUUUGUAAUCAGUGACAUCAUGUUUUUAUCAAAGUCCUACAUGCACUUAAUCAAUAUGUCUUAUUUUGAGCCAGUUUGUGCAACAUUAUGUUUUCAUAAAUGAUAAUAUAAAAGUGUUAAUAAAGUAACCUGGAAAUAAAGAUUGGUAAAACAUUUUUUCAGUGGCUCCUAA